AUGGCUGGCGCCCCCGCCGUCCAGUCCCUCCAGGAGCUCGCCAACCCCCCGACAGACGCCGAGACGCUCGAACUUUUCAACCCCUCCACCGAAGAAGUCGCAGACAUCGAAAAGACGAUAUUCGAGCACCCGCUCACCAAGAGCCUUCUCGCCGACCCCAAAUUCAUCGCCGCGCGCCCCCACCUCAAGAUCCCCGAGCAACUUCGGGCCCAGAAUCUCACCGGAGGAACUCUCCUCGGUCCCGACAAGAUUGCCUCUCCUCCCUUACAAUUCUCCACAGCAGAUGGCUCUCAGUUCGUCGCGAUACAGUACCUCGGCAGCGCGCUAUGCGGUCACCCAGGCAUCGUACACGGCGGUCUCCUAGCCACACUUCUCGACGAAGGUCUCGCACGCUGCUGUUUCCCUGCGCUCCCCAACAAAGUCGGUGUCACGGCUAGUCUGACGAUAAACUACAAGGCGCCCUGCAUGGCGGGCCAGAUUGUGGUUCUACAUGCCGAAACGACGAAGGUUGAGGGAAGGAAGGCGUGGGUUAAGGGUCGGCUCGAGACGCUGCCCAAGGCGGAGGAGUGGGGUCAUGGGAAGAAAGAGGGGGUUGUACUUACGGAGGCUGAGGCGCUAUUUAUUGAGCCGAGACAGGCAGCGCAGUUGAAGAGGGUGGUGAAUUAG